AUGGCGUUCUACAACGUUAGCGUAGCUGCUCGCCUCGCCGCGCAAGCAUCUCCCUCCGUCUCUGUCGAAAAGGGCACAUACCGCAUGUGCAUGCCCUCCCGGCGUACUCCGUCAAAGCUCAGGCGACGCCCGCGCGAUACCCCAGCGACGACGAUAGAGAAGCAGAUGGCUCUGCUUGUUGUCUUCCUUGUAUGUGCGACUAUUACUUGCUUCGGCACUGCGUACUAUCUCUUCACGACGAGGUGGGAUACUUGGGCACUUCGUUCUUCUCUAGUCGACGGUUCUGAUGCUGUUCUUCUCCCUCAAGUCGACGUCAUCAGUUCUGACACGUCUUCAUUACUGGUUUCUCUGCCUGGCAUUGUCAAAUCUGUGCUCGGAUCUGUAUCUGAGGAGGACGAAAGGCCUGUGGAUGGGGAGAGGUAUUUGGGCUAUCUGCCGCACAGCGGCUUCCAUAAUCAACGUAUUGCUUUCGAAAAUGCUCUUGUGCUGUCGCGUCUGCUCAAUCGUACUCUACUUGUCCCUCCCGUGCGUCUCUCGAGUAAACCACUCACCUACCAGCCAUUCAAUGUGCUGCACGAAGUACUUGUAAACGACACGAAAAUUGGCCACGAGCGCUGUGGUCAGCCGCAAUUGGACGACGAAUGGGCACAACGCUGCGCAGCCUACGCGGAGUAUACGCAUGUGCCCUGGGACUGGCUCAUCGACCUCACGCCAAUCAAGCAGGAACAGCGGCUACUUCAGCAUUGGAAUUUCACGGAUGCGUGGCUCUCGGAUAAUCUGAAGAUCGCCGCGAACGACACCUUUGCACUGCGCGACACGAACAGGACGGAUUACAGCUUCCAAGAUUUCACAACGUUCAAGAGCACGCUCGGGCGCAAGUACCAGCACGCGUUGCACCUCUCCACCCUCGCGCACCGUCCGGAGCGCCUCCUCCAGCUCGGCACACUCUUUGGCUCGUCUCGCCUGCACCUACGCGAUCGCGGGAAUGUGCGCGUGCGGAGCGACGUCCGCAAGACCAUGGCGUUCGCGAAUCCACACCUGAUGGCGGUUGCGGAUGCGAUCCGGGAUAAGCUUGGUGGGACGUACCUCGGAGCCCACGUCCGGCUAGGGGACGGGUUCUUCCUCGACAGGGGAGAGGCCAGCGUCCGGCUCGUCUGGUGGAAGCUGCUCUAUGCAUUGGCAUUCACAACUGAAGAGAUCUCCUCGCUCGAACGAUGGCUGGUGCUCAACCAUACGAAGUCGGAGCAUGAGGACCUCAACAACCUGGCUCCGCCGUAUAUCCCACCCGACACGCCUUCUCUGCGUGUCCCACACCCCUCACUGCCUGCGCUACCCAUUCCUCCUCAGUCCUCUAAACUCGUCUGCUCAACUACUAUGCACACAUCAGCGGUCAGCAACCCCAGCCGUCUAGACCUGCUAAACACGCCUCUCUUCCUGGCGACAGACGCGGCCACCCCACGGAACUCGACGCUCCUCGAGCGCUUCACGCGUACGUUCCCGUGUACAUUCUUCCUUGAGGACUUUCCCGUGCAAACAAGUGUGCUGGACUCACUCCACGGUACACGCGACGGCGUGGCACUGCGGCAGUUUGUGCUCCCGUUCCUCGAGGCCAUGGUUGCGAGCCGCGCGUGGGACGUUGUCGGCACGGAGGGUAGCACUUUUAGUUCGUUUGUGAAGGACGUGUUGUGGCGGACGUAUCAUGGUUGGGAGAUCGUGCAGAGAGGGUGA